UUUUCGUAUUUAAAUACCGUCUUAGAAAGUUGGCCAGCUCUUAGUCUCAAAGGCCAAAAACCUCUUUUCCACCUCUGGGGUUUAAAUACCUCCUCUCCCUUCUCAGUGCUAUGUAUCAUAAUUGAACACGAAAAAAGGUCCGCGAGAGUUUUAGUUUCCUCUGUUCAGAAAAUGGCGUUCACUUCGUCGCUCGUUAGAUCGGCGCAGUCGCCUGUUCUCGAUUGCGACGCUUUCCGACCGUCGGAGCGAUGUAAGGUAUCAUGUGGUGGUGUUAACCAGAUUGGAAAUGCUUUGAAAUUCCAGUAUAGCUCUAGCAUCUUCCGGAUUAAUGCCCCUGGAGAUUCAUCUUUGCUACAUAUUCAGCCUAUCAAAGCAACAGCGACAGAAGUACCUCCAGCAGUUCCCAAAUCACACAGAAGUGGGAAAACAAAGAUUGGCAUCAAUGGUUUUGGACGCAUUGGGAGACUAGUUUUGCGGAUAGCAACUUUCAGAGAUGAUAUUGAUGUGGUGGCAGUAAAUGAUCCUUUUAUUGAUGCAAAGUACAUGGCGUACAUGUUAAAAUAUGAUUCAACUCAUGGACCAUACAAGGGAACUAUCCAAGUUGUUGAUGAGUCUACUCUGGAAAUCAACGAAAAGCAGAUCAAAGUUAGUAGCAAAAGGGAUCCAGCUGAGAUCCCUUGGGGUGAUUACGGGGCUGAUUACGUUGUCGAGUCAUCUGGACUCUUUACCACUGUUGAGAAAGCAUCAUCACACAAAAAGGGUGGUGCUAAGAAGGUCGUAAUCUCAGCUCCAUCAGCCGAUGCACCUAUGUUUGUAGUUGGAGUGAAUGAGAACACUUACAAGCCCAGCAUGGAUGUCGUUUCCAAUGCUAGCUGUACCACCAAUUGUCUUGCUCCUUUGGCUAAGGUUGUGCAUGAAGAGUUUGGCAUUUUAGAGGGUCUAAUGACAACUGUCCAUGCAACUACAGCCACACAGAAGACAGUUGAUGGUCCUUCAAGGAAGGACUGGAGAGGUGGCCGUGGAGCAGGACAAAACAUCAUCCCUAGUUCUACUGGUGCCGCUAAGGCCGUUGGGAAAGUUCUUCCAGAACUCAAUGGGAAGCUCACUGGAAUGGCUUUCCGUGUUCCAACUCCUAAUGUGUCUGUUGUAGACUUAACCUGUCGGCUCGACAAGAGUGCUUCUUACGAGGACGUGAAAGCAGCCAUCAAGUAUGUAAAGCCUAAUUUCGGCGUUCUAAAGUAUGCAGCAGAGGGCCCUUUGAAAGGCGUUCUUGGGUACACGGAUGAAGACGUGGUCUCCAAUGAUUUUAUUGGCGACUCCAGGUCAAGCAUAUUUGAUGCGAAGGCUGGAAUAGGUCUUAGCAAGUCUUUCAUGAAGCUCGUCUCUUGGUAUGACAACGAGUGGGGUUACAGUAACCGUGUGUUGGACCUGAUCGAGCAUAUGGCUUUGGUGGCAGCUACUAAGUAAACAAAUAGCCAUCAAUUUUGUUUUUGUUGGGCAAAAAGAGUAGAUACAAAAUUAUUAGUUGCUGGUGUCAAAAUACAAAACUAUUAGAAUAUUCUUCUCUUGUGACAUGGAAGACAUUUAAUGGUGUCAAAAUAAUGUAAUACUAUCGAUGUAUGAGAACUCAUGUAGAAAAAAACAUGUAUUGGCUUUGAUGUAUUUUGAGGAUGAGCUACCAUGUCAAAUGUGCCAUCGUGGAUGUUCACAACAUAAGCUAUAUAAGAAGUUAUGAUUGAGUGAUGUUAUACCAUAAAGAUUUUGUGUUGUAGAAGAUUUGGCCGUGUUUAUUUCAACUCGCAAACUGAAUGGGAACACAGUUUGAAUUUGGUGA